AGGUUUGCAUGAGUUUGAUAGCAUGCGAAAUCCAGAGGUGACAGACUUCAGACAGAACAUGCGUCGAAAGGCAGAAGAAAUUGCUCAAGAGAGGAAAAAAAUGACACUGUUAGAAAAGGCCAAGUACCUGUAUCCCCCAAACCUGGACAACAACCCGACCCUCCCCGUCUACCUGGCCGAGAAGUUGAAGAGUAACCAGCUCAUGGUGGCAGUCACUAUUGAGAGUGGGACUGAGGACAUUCAACAAAUGACCAAAAACUUCAGAAUUCCACAGGAAGCCCAUCCCAAAGAACUUAUCAUGUUGGUUCUGCAAAAGUUAUCCAGCACCCUUGGGCAGGCUCUUGGGGACCCCACUAAAUUUAUCCUCAAAGCCAGGGGCAGGGAGGAGUAUCUGCUGGAUACAGGGUGUAAUACUAUCACACAAUACAAGUACAUAAGAGAGAUGAUAAGUCAAGGAAAAAUCCCACACCUGUUGAUGACUUUGAAGAGCAGGGUCCCAGGUUUAGAAGAUGCGGUGUCCGAAAAUGGCAUCAGCAAUUCCUGUCCAUCCCCUGUUCCUCCUCCGAGGCCACCAAAACCCAAAAGGGGCAACACGCCCUCUCACUCGCCUAAGAAACCAUUGAAAGUGAACGUCCCUUCCCCGCUGCGGACGGACAGGCGGAAGACACUGGGGGGAGUGACAAGUAUAUGGACAAUCAAUGAGACAUUCUCGAUCACUGUGAACGCUAUUAGGAAUGUGAAUUGUAAUGAUGACUCCAAGAUUCACGUACGGGCGGGACUCUUCCACGGCCAUGACAUCAUGGGAGACAUCAAGGACACAGAUUUCGCCAGGCUGGAGGAUAAAAAGGCAACGUGGAACCAGACACUCGAUUUUGGAAUCAGCGCGAGGGACGUGCCACGCAUGUCCAGACUCUGCUUCUCGCUGCUCGUUAUUCACGGGGGCAAAAAAGGAAAGGGGAAGGAAAAAAGAUUGGCCCCAAAUGCAGUACCACUGGCCUGGGUGAAUAUCAUGGUGUUUGACUACAAGGACAUGCUUCAACAGGGACCCAAGCAGCUUCAUCUCUGGCCUCUCAAAGAUGACAUUACCACAGAACACAGUUUACACCAUAUAGGCACUGUUGUGUCGAACCCAAAUGAAGAAAGUGCCCCGGAGCUUCUAGUCACAUUCCACAACUUUGGCUGCAGUGAUCCUGUGGUGUUUCCUCCUAUAGCUACUGUUUUAGAGUUUGCCCACAGACAUGAAGAACGGGAGGAGGAUGGACAGCCUAUAUAUUCUAUGCCUGAUGCCAGCAAUAGCACGCUGCAGGACCUAGAGAACAUGUUAUAUAAGGAUCCCUUCCAGCAGCUCCAUGAGCAAGAGAAGGAAACAGUGUGGAACCUGAGGGAGGAAUGCAAGAAACAUUUCCCAGAAUGCCUCCCCAAGCUCCUCAGCUGCGUCACAUGGGACUCGCAUGAAAAAGUUGCUGUGAUGCAGGCCUUGCUGUCCAACUGGCCCAAGAUUCUCCAGGAACACGCUCUAGAGCUGCUGGACUGCUCUUAUGCCAGCAAGGCAGUCAGGAAGUUUGCUGUGGAGUGCCUCAAGGAUAUGAGUGACACAGAUCUGCUGCAGUACCUACUCCAACUGGUGCAAGUGCUGAAGUAUGAGGCAUACUUAGAGAAUGAUCUCUCAGAGUUUCUGAUGCAAAGAGCACUGGCCAAUCAGAAGAUUGGGCACUAUUUCUUUUGGCUGCUAAGGUCUGAAAUGCAUGUCCCAUCAGUAUCAGUGAAGUUUGGAAUUCUCCUCGAGGCAUACUGUCGUGGGGCCGUACUCCACAUGAAGACAUUGCAGAGACAGGUGGAGGCAUUGGAAAAACUGCGCUCCAUAAAUAUUUUGGUGAAGGGAGAGCAAUACAGUGGCAAGGUAGGUCUCAAGCACUGUACACUGUCAUUAACAGCUAAGGCAAAGCUGUGUCACAUCUGA